UGAUUUCCUGAAGAUUUCAUCAGGGCGUCGUUCUUCUUCUGGAGUCCAGUCACAACACAGGAAGAGCUGGAGGCAGCUGUUCUCCUUUCAUUUUGUACCGAGUACUAAAAACUAACGGAUUUUUAAUAGGUGGAUCAAUAAAACUCCAGUGAAUAGAGUUAAUGAGCUGCUUGUCAAUUCAGACAGAGAGAAGAAAACCUGAGUGUGUAAGGCACCAUGUCUACUGGUUGCCCACCGCAGUCUCCAGCUGUGGCUAAAACAGAAGUAGUGGUGGAAGGAUGGUGCCCACUUUUGGCAGCCACCUUUGCCUACUGGGACAACAUUUUGGGACCCCGUGUAUGGCAUAUCUGGGCCCCGAAAGGUCAGGGGUCGAUGUUACUCAGUGAUGGCGAGGUGACUUUUUUGGCAAAUCACACGCUGAACGGUGAAAUUCUGCGUAGUGCCGAGAGCGGUGCCGUGGACGUAAAGUUCUUCGUCUUGGCAGAGAAAGGAGUGAUCAUUGUGUCACUGAUAUUUGAUGGCGAAUUGAGAGGUGACAAGAACACGUGCGCGCUGUCCAUCAUUCUGCCACAAUCUGAACUGGAUUUCUACCUUCCACUGCACAUUGUGUGUGUGGAAAGGCUCAAGCACACUGUUCGCAAGGGACGCAUCUAUAUGCAGAAGGGUUAUGGCAUUAUUGCGUUAUUAACCUCUGAGAUUGUUCCUAUCAUGGAACUUCUCUCAUCCAUGAAGACUCAUAGUGUGCCAGAGGAAGUAGAUAUAAAAGACACCUUAUUGAAUGAUGAUGAUAUAGGCGACAGCUGUCAUGAGGACUUUCUGCACAAAGCGAUCAGCUCACAUCUACAGACUUGUGGCUGCUCCGUUGUUGUUGGCAGUAACCCAGAAAAAGUCAAUAAGAUUGUGCUGACGCUAUGUCUGUUUCUCACUCCCGCCGAGAGGAAGUGCUCGCGACUGUGCCGAGCCGAUGGCAGUUUCAAAUACGACACCGGCCUGUUCGUCCAAGGCCUGCUGAAGGACUCCACAGGGAGCGUCGUGUUGCCUUACCGGCAGGUCCUUUCUUCUCCCUAUCCAUCUACUCACAUCGAUGUGGACAUUAACACAGUGAAGCAGAUGCCUCCUUGUCACGAACACAUGUACCAUCAACGUCGCUACAUGCAGGCCGAGCUCAGUGCCCUCUGGAAGACCAACAGCGAGGACGAAAUCAGCCCUGACCACCUCAUCAACAUACAAGAAUCGUUUACUCCUGACCUGAAUAUAUUUCAGGAUGUUAUGCACAAAGAUACACUGGUGAAGUCUUUCAUAGAUGAGGUUUUCCUCUUGAAACCAGGUCUAAACCUUAGGAGUGUAUACUUGUCGCAUUUUCUCCUACUGCUGCACAGGAAGGCUCUAACACUGCUCAGAUAUAUCGAGGAUGAGACUCAAAAGGGAAAGAAGCCAUUCCGGUCACUGCGUAAUCUGAAGACCGAUCUGGAUUUGACUGUAGAAGGAGACCUGAACAUCAUCAUGGCAAUGGCAGAGAAGCUGAGGCCAGGCCUUCACUCCUUUGUGUUCGGGAAGUCCUUUUUCACCAGUGUGCAGGAACGUGAUAUUCUAAUGAAUUUCUGACCUUUCACCAUGAAACACUUCAUAUUAUUAGUAUAUAAGAUUAUAUGACAUAUUUAUUCUUGAUUUUAAAAGUAUGCUUCUGUAUAAAGUAUGUAUAUGUGCACUGAAGUAUGUGAGUCUGGAGCUUGCUUGAACCAUUAUUUGUAUAACCACAAGUUUAAGUGUAUGUGUGUGGUCUGUAAUUUUGUUUUGCCUUGAUACUGUUUAUACAAGUGCCAUGCAGGGCAGGGUUUUCAUCCUGUCCAUCAUGAAUGCAUUCUAACUGUGAAAAUUGUGACGCUGCUACCAAGUGCUUACCAAAUGCUACCAAAGCAUUACGCUGAUGUUUCUUCUGUAGACAGUAAUGGUUCAUCAAGAAUUAAUCACGUUUUGCUUGUUAUAAAGGCCAGGUUUGAUCAGAAUAAGAAUCAGAAUCAGAAUAAGGUUUAUUGGCCAAUUGUGUUGACACACGCAAGGAAUUUGAUUCCAGCUGUUUGUGACUUAAAAGUACAGACAUAACACUUUACUAUACAAGAUAAUACAGACUAUACAAGAAAAUGCAGACGACGUGAUACAAUAUAGACAGUAUGAGUAUUAAAUAUGAAUACAGAAUAUAUAUGAGUGGGAGAAGUGCAUGGUAGUGCAAAUAACAAUAUUGUGUAAUAUUUUGUUUUGUGCAAUAUGCAGCAGCAGUAGUGUGUGUGUAACCUAUACGGAUGACGUGGUGACUGACGGUUCUGACAACGCAGUACUUGUAGAUAUGAAGCGGGGUAUAUAAUUAUGGUGAGUUGUUAAUCAGGGUGAUCGUCUGGGGAAAGAAUCAUGAAGGCGUGAGCAUGCAGGGCAGUGCAUUAGGUGCAUUUGUACAGUUUGUAUAUGAAAGAAUUUUAAAGGAAACAGACCCAAAUAAAGGUGUUGAUUAAUAUUGUCACAGGGCUACUUUCUGUAAAUAAAUCUGAAGGUGAAUUCACUGUUUAACUGAAUUCACUGACAUGUUUUUACUGAAA